AUGCGAACGAAAAGGGGGCUGCCCAAAGACCUGAGCGAGAACCAAAUCCAGGCCAUUCCUCGCAAAGCCUUCCGGGGGAUCACUACUGUCAAGAACCUGCAAAUGGACAGCAACCACAUCAGCUGCAUUGAGGACGGAGCCUUCCGCGCCCUCCGCGACCUCGAGAUUCUCACCCUCAACAACAACAACAUUUCCCUUAUCCCACUGUCCAGCUUCAACCACAUGCCCAAGCUGCGGACUCUGCGUCUUCACUCCAACAACCUGCACUGUGACUGCCACUUGGCCUGGCUCUCCGACUGGCUCCGGCAGAGGAGGAGCCUGGCACCGUUCACCCAGUGCAUGGCCCCCGCCAACAUGAGAGGUCUCAACGUGCCCGAUGUGCAGAAGAAGGACUUUGUGUGUACAGGCCCUACCCAGGCAGAACCUCGCACCUGCACACCUCAGGCCUCGGUCUGCCCGGCGGCCUGCACCUGCAACAACAACAUCAUCGACUGCCGUAGGAAGGGCCUCACGGAGAUUCCCGCUAACCUUCCCGAAGGCAUUGUGGAGAUUCGCCUGGAGCAGAACCUGAUCAAGAGCAUCCCUGCCGGAGCAUUCUCUCUGUACAAGAAGCUGAAGAGAAUAGACCUGAGCAAGAACCAGAUCUCCGACAUUGCAGCUGAUGCCUUCAGUGGCCUGCGGUCCCUCACCUCACUGGUCCUGUACGGGAACAAGAUCACGGACAUCCCCAAGGGACUCUUUGAUGGGCUGGUGUCCCUGCAGCUCCUGCUGCUCAAUGCCAACAAGAUCACCUGCCUACGAGUGAACACCUUCCAGGACCUCCAGAACCUCAACCUCCUCUCACUGUAUGACAACAAGCUGCAGACCAUCAGCAAAGGCCUCUUUGCGCCCCUGCGGUCCAUCAAGACCCUACAUUUGGCCCAGAACCCCUUCAUGUGUGACUGCCACCUGAAGUGGCUGGCCGACUUCCUGUUCGACAAUCCCAUCGAGACCAGCGGCGCCCGCUGCUCACACCCGCGCCGCCUGGCCAACAAGCGCAUCAGCCAGGUGAAGAGCAAGAAGUUCCGCUGCUCAGGCUCAGAGGACUACCGGAGUCGGCUAAGUGGGGACUGCUUCCAGGACCUGGUGUGCCCUGACCGCUGCCGCUGCGAGGGCACGGUGGUGGACUGCUCCAACCUCAAGCUCACGCAUAUCCCUGCCCACCUCCCAGAGCAUACCACAGACCUGCGGCUGAAUGACAAUGACAUCGCCAUCCUGGAAGCCACGGGGACCUUCAAGAAGCUUCCAAACCUGCGCAAAAUCAACCUGAGCAACAACAAACUGCGUGACAUCCGAGAGGGGGCCUUUGAGGGGGCAGGCAGCAUCCAGGACCUUUUGCUGACGGGGAACCGGCUACUAAGUGUGCAUGGGCGCAUGUUCAAGGGUCUCACAGGCCUGAAGACACUGAUGCUGAGGAGUAACCUGAUUAGCUGUGUGGAUAACAGCACCUUCACAGGGCUGAGCUCCGUGCGUCUGCUCUCCCUGUAUGACAACCGCAUCACCAGCGUGGCCCCGGGGGCCUUCGGCACGCUGCACUCGCUCUCCACCAUCAACCUGCUGUCCAACCCCUACGUGUGUGACUGUCACCUGGCCUGGCUCGGAGCCUGGCUGAAGAAGACGCGGGUGGUAAGCGGAAACCCUCGUUGCCAGAAACCUGCCUUCCUGAAGGAGAUCCCCAUCCAGGACGUGGCGGGACCUGACUUCACCUGCGACGGUACGGAGGAGAGCAGCUGCCAGCCGGCCCCGCGGUGCCCAGAGUCGUGCGCAUGUUCGGACACAGUGGUGCGCUGCGGUAACAGGGCGUUGCGCUCGCUGCCCAAGGGCAUUCCCAAGGACACGACGGAGCUAUACCUGGAAGGGAAUCUGUUGACCUCAGUGCCCAAGGAGCUGUCGAGCCUCAAGCAUCUGACUCUCAUAGACCUGAGCAACAACAGCAUCAGCUCGCUCGCCCCACUAACCUUCAGCAACAUGACGCAGCUAUCCACGCUCAUCCUCAGCUACAACCAGAUCCGCUGCAUCCCGGUGCAGGCCUUCGAUGGACUGCGCUCCCUACGCCUCCUAACGCUCCAUGGGAACGACCUUUCGACCAUCCCGGAGGGAGCCUUCAACCACUUGACGUCUUUAUCCCACUUGGCCCUGGGCGCCAACCCACUGUACUGUAACUGUGACCUGCGCUGGCUCUCCCAGUGGGUCAAGGCAGGCUUCAAGGAGCCAGGCAUCGCCCGCUGCACCGGACCCCCCGACAUGGCCGACCGCCUUCUGCUCACCACCCCCCUCAACCGCUUCCAGUGCAAAGGCCCCGUGGAUUUGAACCUGAUGUCCAAGUGCUCCCCCUGCCUGGCCUUGCCCUGUCAGCACAAUGGCACCUGCGUGGGCGACCCCUCCGGCUCGUACCAGUGCACCUGCCCCUUUGGAUACAAGGGCCGUAACUGUGAGGUAGCCAUCAACGCCUGCAUCAGCUUCCCCUGCCUCAGUGGCGGGACCUGCCACGUGAAGCCAGGCCAGGACGACCAGUUCAGCUGCGUGUGCCCGCCUGGGUUCGAGGGCCAGCGCUGUGAGGUCAAUCCCGACGACUGUGAGGACAAUGACUGCGAGAACAACUCCACCUGCGUGGAUGGCAUCGACAACUACACCUGCGUUUGCCCCCCCAACUAUGCAGGUGACCUGUGUGAUGAGGUCAUCGAUCAUUGCGCCCCCGGGUUUGACCCCUGUCAGCACGACGCCAAAUGCAUCACCCUCGCCAAAGGCUACAGGUGUGAGUGUCCCCCGGGCUACGUGGGUCAGACCUGCGAGCAGGACUACAACGACUGCCUGGAGAAUAAGUGUCAGCACGGGGCGCAGUGUGUCGACGCCGUCAACGGCUACACCUGCAUCUGUAAGGAGGACUUCAGCGGGCUAUUCUGUGAGGUCCCACCUCCCAUGAUCCUCCUGCAGACCAGCCCAUGUGACCAAUUAGACUGCCAGAAUGGGGCGCCGUGCCUGCUGGUCGCUGAGGAGCCCUUAUGCCGCUGCCUUCCCGGAUUCUUCGGCAGCAAGUGUCGCAAGAUGGCCGCCGUGCACUUCCUGGGCAGGGACGCCUACGUGGAGCUGCCGGGUGCCAAGCCCCGCCCUACUGCUCAGAUCUCGCUCCAGGUCGUCACGGACACAGACAACGCCAUCCUGCUGUACAAAGCGGACCAGGACCCUCUGGCUCUGGAGCUGUACCAGGGCCACGUACGCCUCGUGUACUACAUCUCUGGCUAUCCGCCCACAACUGUGUACAGUGACGAGUCUGUAAACGACAGCCUCCUCCACACAGUGGAGCUUCUCAUGCAGAACCACACCUUGGUUCUGGUGGUGGACAACGGCGCCCCCAAGAGCCUGGGGAAGCUGUCGCGACAGCCCUCGAUCGACCACAGCACGCACCUGUAUGUCGGAGGUACGCCACCAAUGGUGGGGGCUUCAGCUCUGCGGCAGAGUGGCUCCCACGCCUUCAGAGGCUGCAUCCUGGACGUGAGAGUGAACGGCGAGCUGCAGGACCUGGGUGCCGGCCGCCGGGGGAAGCAGGAUGUGCAGUCAGGCUGCCACUUAUGCGGCGUGUGCGGGCAGGGGACCUGUCGUCAGCGGGGUGACACCGGGGUGACCUGCGAGUGCCCGGCUGGCCGUGGCGGACUACUCUGCGACCACAACAGUGCGCCCAGUCCCUGUCAGACCAGCAGGUGCGUACACGGUUCCUGUGUGCCCAAAGGCUCCUCCUACAGCUGCAAAUGCUCCGAGGGCUACUCCGGCCAAUACUGUGAUCGCAGGGAGGAGCCUCCAGCCUGUAGGGGGCGCCAGUGUGGGCAUGGCGAGUGUCAGCUAAUGGAUGGCGGUGAACCGACGUGCCGCUGUCAGUCGGGCUACACGGGCCCCACCUGCGAGACAGAGCUGGCCUGUCAGGGCGACAUGUUCCGGGACGUGCUGAAGCGACACAUGGGCCACAAGACCUGCACCUCCACCAGCAAGGUUCCCCGUGUGGAAUGCUCCCGGGCCUGCCAGGGUGGGCUGUGCUGCGCCCCCGUCAAGAUCCGCCGGCGGAAAGUAGUCUUCAAGUGCAGCGACGGCUCCUCGUUCUCCGAGGAGCUGGAAUCCCCUGUGGAAUGCGGCUGCACAAAGUGCCUGCUGUAAACCCCCAGGGGUCAGAGGAAGGACAAGGCUUGAGGGCCAAAGAAAUAUAUUGUAAAAUAAAACAAAUAGAACUUAUUUUUAUUAAGGGAUUUUUAAGAGACUUGUUUUUUUUUAAAAAAAAAAAAAAAAAAAGUGGGGUAUAUGUGUCAUAUGAGGCUUUACUACGUACCGUAAAUAAAUAAACCAACAAAACAGAUUAGCAUUUCUGAAAUUAUAUAAAUUUAUAUGUGUGUGUGUGUGUAAGUGUAAGUGUAUAAAUCUAUAUAAAUGUGUAACCUAACCUGAGGAUUGGACCUGCUCUGUACUGCAUGUCUUUGUGAGUGUUGGAAAAGAAGCUUUGGAACACUGAGGUGCAAGUGAGGAGUUUCGUUCCGCUGAAAGAGAAGGGAUCUGGGGUCGGGGGGGCAGGAAGUGCCCUCCCCCCCACAAGACUAUCAAGACAGUCAAGCUCUCACCCUCAGUGUUGGAAGCAAAAUAAGACAAAAAAAUGAACUGGACCACAUUUUAGCAAAGUUUAUAAUGGACCUCAGCCUUACAGGGCCACCUAUCGGUCUUGGACUCUCUCCUCAGAAGCUGAGAAAUGUGAUUUUUUUGUUUUCAUGGGGAGGUGCACGUCUCUGGAGCACAUACCCAGACGUCGUCUUCCUCCUGGUCUUCCUCCAAACCCCCGGUAAAUGCCCUCACUGUUCCCCUGUGAGCCCCUCAGCAGCUGCCCCGCGCAUCUUACGGCGGAGGGCAGAAUGUGAACUUCAAAUGACGGGUGAAGUGUUUGUGCCGUGGGGGUCCUGAGGACGGCAGCUGCCCCCCCCCAACUGCUCACGUUUUUAAUGGCUAGGAUAUGGUACUGCUGUUUGACAGUAUAGUGUUGGUUCUAACUAUUCUUGUCCCUCACUAUGUUAACUAUUAAAGAAGCAUAUGAAGCCGGUUACUACUGUAAUGUUUACCUUAUACCUGUUCCUUAUAUAUUUUCCACAGGAAGUGCGGUCACCGUGCCCAACGCCCAUGAGAUGUUAGUUACUAAAGUAGUGUGAAUGUUCUCAGAAGAUCUCCUCAGGCCUCAGGCCCAGCAUGGCUCUGGACUCAAGAACAAUAUACAUAGUUAAUGAGCUUCCUAAUGGCUUGAAGAUACUUUAUAUUAAAACUUUUAAUGUCUAUUAUGGCGUGACUAAUAAAAGUUCUGUCUUCCAGACAUAGAUAUUUUCUGGUAAAAUAUGAAUCCGAGUGUUGUGUACUUAUACUAAAUGUUGAAUUAAACCCUAUUGGAAUUGAAUAA